UCCAGUGUGAAUCCUGCAUGAAUCUGGGCAUUAACCUAACCCUAACUUGACCUAACCUGACCUGAGUUUAAUGUUAAUUUCAUACGCUGCAUAAGAAUGAGCCUCAAAAAUCGAUAUUUCUUCUUCCACACGCUACGUGUCUACAAACACUUGCAUCGCGGAUCGAAGGAUCGUGGCAUUUAAUUUUACUUGGAAUAAACAACCGCUUCAGGUACUCAGGAGUAUGAGAAAGAUAAGAUAAAAAGGGAUUUUCCGAGCAAAGUGCAUAACUUUUAUUAUUUCCUCUCGGAAAUCCUGUGCGACUGACAAACUCGUCACGAGCAACCAGCUUGGUUCGAGUCGGUCAUAAAUUUUCUUUAUAACGCACUGACCAUUAAAACGACGGCGAUGAUUUUUAUCGAUCGUCCGGGGUAUUGGUUUGCGUAGGUCUCAUCGUGAACUAGUAUAAGCGCGUCUAGCUCUUACGCGAAUGAUGCGGUAGAUGCGAUUUGCUCCUGAAUGAUCCGUGAAAUAACCGGAACGAUAAUUGUGCGUUCGCCGAUGCUUCGAUCUCCGUUUCACGUCGUCUCAGAAUGGUUUUGAGUCGCAACGAUAAGAGAAAGAGGAAGGAGGGGGACCUGGUGGAUCUCAUGGAGCCCCUUUCGGAAUCUCCGAAAAGGACCAAAGUUCACGCACAGAGAAAAUUUGCACAGGGCGCAACCACAGUGUUCAAUAUAUCGCCUACGCCUGUCAAGGAUAAAGAAAAGGCUAAACCUGCCACAUUCACAGAAUUAAUAACGCACAAACGUCCGAAUACGGAGGAUUUUUUAACGUUUUUGUGUUUUAGAGGAACAUCUAUUUUGCCAUCCAGUUUAAAUUUCUUCAAUAUUGGCAACAAGAAGGAGAAACAAGGACCAAAGCCAGCUCGAACUUCUGUGGAGAAGGCAUCCUCUACUAGCACUUUUACAGAGGUUCAGAAACAAGAAAAUACAUGCCAGAAAAAUGUGACAAAAGUAAAGCCUGUUGUCUCGAAUAAGAAAAAAGUGGCUAAUUCAUUACACAAAAGCAUUACCAAACUUAAGACGACUACGUCUACAGUCCAAGCACUUAAAAAGAAAUAUCAGGAACAACGCCUUGCUAAGCAAAGAAUUAAAAAUAGAUACAAAACCACUUGCGUUAUGAGGACAAGAUCGUGUACAGAGAGAUCUAUGUUGAAGGCUGGUCUUCAGUUGGCGCCGCGAAAAUUCUUACCUAGAAUUAAGGCAAAGAGACACGGUCUAAGAAGCGGUGUACUGCCAGAUAAGGCCGCUAAACCUCUGUCGAAAACGAAACUGCCGUUACCCAAGCCAAAGAAGAAAUUAAAUUUGAGAUCGAAAAAUAGCGAUACAGAUGCGUUAAAUACAGAUGCGUCAUCUGAAGGGGAGAAUGAUGUAGAGAACGAUGAGGAGGAAGAGUUACAUGUGGAGAAGUCUACACAGAUAAAGCGCAACAUACAAAAGGGUAUCCGAAAAAAGAUCUGUACCAGAAGUAAGUCAGAGAUGAGAAGAGUUACAAGAUCGUCCAGCGGCACCGUCUCCUUGCAGAAUCUCUCUAGAAGGCCUACCAGAAAGACGAAGGAAGCAGCUGCUGUAUAUAUGGAGAUUCUUGGAAGGAAAUUAGUGAGUCCAGAUUUAGAAAAUGAUGAUAACAUUUCAGUCGAAAGCUUUCCUGAACUGCCAAAUGCUCGUAGAAUAGCGCAAACGGAGAAUGAGCUUAAAGCCAAAGUAAAACAGAAUAGUAACAAGACUGUCGCUAAAACUAAAGAUUCUAAAGUUAGCACCUUCAAUAAUAAUGCUAAUAAGCGAUUGAAUAAGAAUAAAAAUAACAAGUUGAUUUUAAAGAGCAAACGUUUGAUGAGAGUGCAGAGAUAUUGCGAAGAAGACAGCGAUGAGGAAUCCGAGAGCUCAAUAGAAACUAACAACACAAGACCCAUUACCAGACAGAGUCUUGGAAAGGUUGACAAACCGAUUAGCAGGAGCCUUAGAUCAUCUUCCAAAAACACAACUGUACAAACAGAAGUGCAAAAUAACGUAAAUAAUAAACCGAAGGCCCAGACUCAAAGUUGUGUGAAAUCAGCUAGGGAAAAAUUUGUGAUAAAACGUAAACGCGAGCAAAAUAUAUCCAAAACGUCGUCGGAUAAGAUUAAGCAAAAGAGCCUUAAAAGUAAUCAAAACGAGAAAGCGGAGUCUGAGGAGGAAACGCUGGGAAUGCUGCUGAGUAAAAUAAAGAGGAAGAAAGAAAAUGAGGAGGGAGAGGAAAGACAGAUUCCUGACAGUGUCAACAAGACGAAGGAUGAAAGGACUCGCGGCAACGCGCAAAAUGUGAAAGCCGAUCUGCCGAAGGUAUCGGACGACGAGGAAUCUUUUCGUGGGUUUACUAAGAAGGCAAUAUCAAAAGUAUUGAAUUCGUGUCAGACACAUGCCAAUGUUAAUCUACUAAUCACAGAGUCUGAUGAAAAGUCGAAUGUGCCCAAAACGUUGGACGUAUCGCAAACGAUGGAUCAAAGCAGUACUUUACAAGAGAGUAAAGUAAAAGUCUCAUCGGUCAAAGUCGGCUCCCCGGCCGUAAAUUCGCUAAACGAUGAGUGCAGCGUAUCUGCUCAGGAUAAAAAGUCAGUAAUGGAUUUGUCCGUAAAGACGCAAGGCUCGUUGCUACCACCUACGGAACAGAUAAAAUGUAAUCAUGAAAAUAAGGUCCCUUCCACUCUUAUGCCGUUAUCUACUUUGCAUACGAGAAAAGAACGAGUGAAUAUGUCGACCGAGCAGAUAGAAAAGUGGUUGAACGAAAGCUCAUUCGCCAAGGAAGAGAGUAAGCUGGAGAUGGAAAACGUUUCCAGCUUUAGAUACGAGUCUGUGAAAGAGAAAUUGAAGGCGGACGUUUCGCAUCUGUCUAUCUCGACGAAAAUCCAACAUUUAGUACGUCCGGUCAAUGUCACGCUUUCGAAAUUGUCGGAUAAGACGAGUUUGAAGGACCGCGCGGGGAUACACAGCAGAAAUGUGAUACCGAUAUCAUCUGAUGCGCAUAGUAAUACUGCGGCGAAACAACAGAAUGCGAUUGUCGACAAGAAUAAAAUUACCACUGAGGCGAGAGAGAUUGUCAAGAAAACUGAGAAGAUGAACAAAGAUACAUCUCCUAUUGAAGAUACUAGUGAUACUGUGUCCAAAUCGGAUCAAAACUCGGUGGACGGUUCUAUAGAGAAGAAGUCGCCGACGGAGAAAAAAAUCUUUCAACUGCGGAAGCCUUUUCUGCCUAAGGUAAAAGAACGUAAAACUGUAACGCCGAAUGCGAAUGCGUUUUCGCCGGAGAACGAGAGCAGCGUUUACGCGUUUGAAAGUGACACCGAGGUUCCCGUUAGCACACCCUUCCGGAGAAAGAUUAGAGACGAUGCGAAACGUUUGACCGCAGUAAUGCAGUCCACAGUGGCUGUGGUACCCGAGACCAAAGUGAUUGCCGAAGCCAAGGGAUCAAAUUUGAAGGAGGAUUCCGAAUCGUCAGAUAGCAAGAAUAAACCGCCCAACGAUCCCGCGAUGGUCACAAGAAAAGAGGACACGAAGGAGACGCAAAGCCCGACGAACGUGGCAAGUACAGUUCCAAGUGUAAACAAGUUUGAGUUGCCCAAGAAUUUCGCGAGUUUGACCAAUGUCCAAGUACUACCGCUCGACAAACUCACGACGAGUUGGAGCAACGUAAAUUGCAGCGCUUCCAUAGCGGUGCAGGUGAAUCUCGACGAGACCACGCAGGAGCCAGAGAGCAAUGCGAGUCAACAGAAGAGUACCGAGAUAUCUACUCAGACCGAGAUCAGUAACGAGAACGACGACGAUAACGAUGGACAGCUGUUUUACAUUCCUUUGCAGGCUGUUACAAGGAACGGCCCGAAUCUGGCACAAGGGCAACAGCUGAUACAGGGCGUCGCUGUUAAACUCGGUACGGAGGGACCGACCGGUCCUAAUCAAAGAGUGCUCCUUCGAGCUAAAUUGGUCACCAAGCCACCAUUGUCCGUGGCACGUUGUCCACCGAUAGGGACGGUGCAACCGACAACACGUACCCCGCCUAAUUCUACAGCAAUUACGGUAGAACAGCAAGUACCAUCGACGUCAACAACCGAGACCGUGUCGACUGUGGAAGCAGGUACGCCGAGUGCGGAGAUGCAACCGGUCUCAAGAACGAAACUUGAAGUGCCAAGUUCGAAUCGUCAAAAUGUCAGUACGAGCGCAAAUAGCAGUGUGGAGAAACACAUAAAGUCACCACCAAAGUCGUCGAGAGAGAGAAAAGCUUCUAUAGAUUCGACAAAAAGCGGAAAGAGGACAACGAAGUGCAAACAAAAAGUAUCAGAGCUAUGCUCCUCAAGCAACAGUAUGACGUUUCCAAGUACGAAGAUCACAAAUGAUGAAGCUCGCGUAGUUGAAGCGCCAACGUUUCACCCGACGGAAAAAGAUUUCCAGGAUCCACUGGAGUAUAUAGACAAGAUAAAACCGAUCGCUGAAAAGUUUGGGAUUUGUAAAGUGGUGCCUCCACCAAAUUUCAAGCCAGAAUGCAAGGUGUCUGAUGAUAUGAGAUUUACUGCUUACAAUCAAUAUGUACAUCGCAUGCUCCAUAGGUGGGGCCCUAAUGUAAAAGAAAUGAUGGCUAUCAAGAAAUAUUUAGCUACUCAGAGUAUUACUUUGACACAACCUCCAUGGAUUGGUGGAAUGGAAGUAGAUUUACCUCACUUAUAUCAAACGGUUCAAAGUUUGGGUGGAUUGAAAGAAGUUAUUGAGAAAAAGAAAUGGCAAAAAGUAGCAGAUGGUAUGAAAAUACCAAAAUCAGCACAGGAUCGUGUUACUAAACUAGACGAUAUUUAUUGUAAAUAUUUACUGCCAUAUGAUACAUUGUCGCUAGAGGAGCGUGGAAAAUUGUUCGACGAGGUUGAAACUGAAUGGAUGAGAAAAGAAAGCAAAGCUUUGCAAAGGCAAGAAGUGUUGUCCACUGAUAAUGAUGAGGAAGAGGAUGAGGACAGUUCUGAUGAAAUUGAAGAAUGCAUUGUGAAAGGAAGAAACAUGCCGUUGAACGCUUUCUAUCGAAUUGCCCGUAAUACGCAACGUAUGUGGUUUGGUGAAAAUCAACGAGGAAACGAAGCCGAGGGUGCUUCCGCCGGCGAGGUUGAGAAUGCAUUUUGGAAACACGUUGCCGAGAGGAAACGUCAUGUCUGCGUACAUGCGGCAAGCAUUGAUUCCAGCGGUCGUGGAUUUGGCUUUUCCGUUGCGAAAAAUAGCCCGUUCGCUAGACAUCCUUGGAAUCUUAAAGUUCUCACUAACAACGCUGGAUCAGUAUUAAGAGCUUUGGGUCCACUAAUGGGUGUGACCGUACCAACAUUGCACGUAGGUAUGUUAUUUAGUGCUUGUUGCUGGUAUCGCGAUCCGCAUGGUCUACCAUGGAUAGAAUAUCUACAUACAGGUGCCAAAAAAAUUUGGUAUGGGAUACCCGAUGAGCAUAAUAACAACUUCCGAGAAGCGCUCUCGAAAAUGGUACCACGAUAUUGUAAAAACAAGACUAUAUGGUUACCUUCUGAUACUGCCAUGGUUCCACCGGAAUUAUUAGUAAGCAAUGGUGUGUCGUUAUGUCACAUAGUGCAAGAACCGGGACAAUUUAUAAUAGUCUUUCCAAAAGCCUUCACAUCCAGCAUAUGUACCGGUUAUGUAGUAUCCGAGAGUGUAUAUUUCGCACAACCAUCCUGGUUAGAAACCGCGGAACAAGUAUUUAAGGACAUACAAGACAGUUGUGAACCUUCUAUCUUUUCAUUUGAAAGAUUGUUAUUUAAUAUUAUUAACGACACGAGAUCUCACAUAGAUAUAUUGAAACAGAUAUUGCCGAGUGUGAUAAAGAUUCGCGAAAGGGAAUUAGAUUAUCGUAAACAACUGGAAAGUAUCGGUCUUACCAACAGAGAGAGACUGCCUUUGCCAGAUAGCGGAAAAGGGAAGAAAGGGAAGAAGGUGAAAGAAGAUGAUGGUGACUUUGAAUGUGAGACGUGCAGAGCUAAUUUGUUUGUCUCUUUGGUAAACAAUUCGCAAGAUGACAGCGUUUAUUGUUUGUCACAUGCACUGCAUUUAAUCAGUUGUAAGAAGCAAGUUCUGAAACAUUGUAUUCUGAUGUAUACGUAUGAUGAAGACGAAUUAGACGAAUUGAUUCACAAGCUGGAAAACAGGAUCGAAACCAAAUCUAAAAAAGCUAAUCAAAUAAAAAAUAAGCACGAAAGAUAAGUCUGUUAUUUUAUUUAUAAAAGAUAAAAGUGAGUUUAUUUAUACGUUAAUCGAUAUUAGAAUAAACGUCGCAGAACUAGCAAACACGAUUGCAAACUGGCUUGCUUAUUAUAAUAGAAACUAGUUUAUAUGAAACUUUUUGUUUAUCUAGCGUAUAAUAGGAUGAUAAACAACAACAUAUUAUAUCAAGUAGAAGAUUCGUAUAAUAUUAUAUCAUUUGGUCCAACUCUCUUUCGAGGCAGUUGUGACAGUGUAUAAAAUGUGAAAUUACAUUAUUUACACAAUGUUUGUCUUUAAAGAGUUAAACAAUAAAAAUAUUCAUAUUCGAUUGUUGUGAAAAUGUGAAUAUAUAUAUAUAGCUAAUACAUCUGUUGUAAUUUACUUUUAAGAAAUAUAGUGACACUAGGAGGAUAUUAUUAAAUAUUUGAACC